UCUCAAGUCUCCUCCAUACAGAAGUAAAUUCUCCUAUCUAAUGAGGAGUUCCAUCGAGUAUUAUCUAUUAAUUGCAUACCUGAAGAUCAAGAAUGGCGUCUGAUAGCAUUGUCAUCGUCGGGGCGGGAAUCAUUGGCCUCGAUGUCGCUCUAGUUCUGUCUCAACAAGGCUAUGGAAAGAAUAUCACGGUGAUAGCCGAGUACCUCCCCGGCGACACUUCACCAUCAUACACCUCACCAUGGGCUGGCUGCAACUUUUCCGCCAUUUCUGGCACCGAUUCCAAUGCGAUUAAAUGGGAUCGCCACGGCUAUGCACACCUCAAGAAACUCGCUGCAGAAGAUUCUGACAAGUCCUUCGUGAAAAGGACGCCAUCAAUUGAGUUCUGGGAUGAUAAUGUGCCGCAUGACAAGAUCAAGGCUAUGGCUGAUUAUCUUGAUGAUUUCAAAGCUCUGUCUGCUCAAGAACUUCCUGAAGGCGUCAAGUUCGGAUGCGCGUUCACGACGUUGACCGUUAACGCGCCCGCUCACUGCCUAUAUCUGUACAAAAGACUGAGAGAAGACUUUGGUGUGCGGUUCAUCCGCCGAAAACUCGGCAAUAUCUAUGAAGCGUACAACAAUCCGGCCACGAAAGUCGUCUUUAAUUGCACAGGCAACGCAGCAAAGACACUUGCAGGUGUGCAAGACGAGAAGUGCUAUCCAACUCGAGGCCAGGUUUUGCUCGUGAGGGCAUCUCAUGUCAGCACAAAUGUCAUGCGUCACGGCAAGGAUUAUGAGACGUAUGUCAUUCCGAGACCUGGAUCAAAUGGCAAUGUCAUUUUGGGAGGAUACAUGCAAAAGGGCAAUGAUGAUAGUGCCACGUAUUCGUCGGAGAGCGAGUCCAUCCUCCAAAGGACAACGGAACUAAGCACAGAGCUGCAGCAGAGGGAACCUGAAGUCUUGGCUGCAUUCGCGGGCAUGCGCCCAUCUCGCGAAGGUGGCGCAAGAAUUGAGCGUGAUGAGAUUCUUGUCAAUGGAGAAAGACGUGUGAUUGUGCAUAAUUAUGGUGCUGGUGGUACAGGCUUUCAAGCUGGCUAUGGCAUGGCGCUGGAUGCUGUCAAGAGCAUCGAGGAUAUUCUCAGCACCCUUCCCAUCAGGUCAUUAUUGUAAGCAGAAUUAUAUAGAUGUGUAAUUUAUGUUCCCUGCUUUGACGCAUC